UGACAUCAUGGACUAGGGAACAGGGAGCAGCCAGUCAAGCAUCCAGCCUGCCGAACAAGCCUGCUUUUUAGGGUCAGGAACUGGUCUGACAAGAGAAUGGCAAUCCUGCCUUUAAACUGUCACUAGUGGAGCGUACGGUUGGAGAUGAACCCGCGGGAGCUCCAGGCCCACAGGUGGAACACAGACCAAGAGAAUGUGAAGACAUAUUUCAGGACUUUGUGAGUGCUCCUAAAGAUGUCUGAUAGUGUUGAUAUUGAAGAGAAACCACCAGCCCCCCCCUUGAGAAUGAACAGUAGUUCCCGAGACUCUUCCUCAGUGAAUCACGCCUCUAAACCGCUUCCAAUGGCUCCAGAAGAGAAGAACAAGAAGGUUCGCCUGCGCUCCAUUUUCCCCGGGGGAGACAAGACGAACAAGAAGAAGGAAAAGGAACGUCCGGAGAUCUCCCUUCCUUCAGACUUUGAACACACCAUUCAUGUUGGCUUUGAUGCCGUAACGGGUGAAUUCACUGGGAUUCCAGAGCAGUGGGCUCGACUCCUCCAGACCUCCAACAUCACCAAGCUAGAGCAGAAGAAGAACCCGCAGGCGGUGCUGGACGUUCUAAAGUUCUAUGACUCCAAAGAGACGGUCAACAACCAGAAGUACAUGAGCUUCACGUCAGGAGACAAAUCAGCCCACGGCUACAUAGCGGCAAACACUCUGAACCGGCUGCUGUCAUCUGGGCCUCCUGUCAGCCUUAGAACCUGCAGCGCAUUAUUUGACAAGGGUGCCAAAACGUCAACGACAGAGCCCCCGAUCGCCCCACCUGUGUCAGAGGAGGAGGACGAGGAGGAGGAGGAAGAGGAGGAGGAAGAUGAAGACGAGGAUGAUGACGACGAACUGCCUCCAGUUAUCGCCCCGCGACCCGAACACACCAAAUCUAUCUACACACGCUCCGUCAUGGAUCCACCAAAGCCCCCCACUCCUGUCAAAGAGGUUCUGACGCCGCCUGAGUCGCAGGUCCAGCCUGAAAACACGUCCAACACAAUGUAUCGCCACACCGACCGCCAGAGGAAGAAGUCCAAAAUGACAGAUGAAGAGAUUCUGGAGAGACUCAGGAGCAUCGUGAGCGUGGGGGAUCCCAAAAAGAAAUACACGCGCUUCGAGAAAAUAGGACAGGGAGCAUCCGGCACUGUGUACACCGCUAUCGACAUCGCCACUGGCCAGGAGGUGGCCAUCAAGCAGAUGAACCUGCAACAGCAGCCCAAGAAGGAGCUGAUCAUCAAUGAGAUCUUAGUAAUGAGGGAAAACAAGAACUCAAACAUAGUCAACUACCUGGACAGUUACUUAGUUGGAGAUGAGUUGUGGGUGGUGAUGGAGUACUUGGCCGGCGGGUCGUUGACGGACGUCGUGACAGAGACAUGCAUGGAUGAGGGCCAGAUCGCUGCAGUUUGCAGAGAGUGUCUUCAAGCUCUGGACUUCCUUCAUUCCAACCAGGUGAUCCACAGAGAUAUAAAGAGUGACAACAUUCUCUUGGGGAUGGACGGAUCCGUCAAGCUCACCGACUUUGGCUUCUGCGCUCAGAUCACUCCUGAGCAGAACAAGCGCAGCACCAUGGUGGGCACCCCCUACUGGAUGGCCCCGGAGGUCGUAACACGCAAAGCCUACGGCCCCAAAGUGGACAUCUGGUCUUUAGGGAUCAUGGCGAUAGAAAUGGUGGAAGGAGAACCCCCUUACUUGAACGAAAAUCCUCUCAGGGCGCUGUACCUGAUAGCUACCAACGGCACUCCCGAGCUGCAGAACCCAGAGAGACUGUCCUCCGUCUUCAGAGACUUCCUUAAUCGCUGUCUAGAGAUGGAUGUCGACCGCAGAGGCUCCGCCAAGGAGCUGCUUCAGCACUCCUUCCUGAAGCUGGCCAAGCCACUCUCCAGCCUCACGCCGCUGAUUGUAGCUGCCAAGGAAGCCAUUAAGAACAGCAGCCGCUAGGGGGCGCCCUGUCUCCACACCCAAGACUGGAGUCCUGCCUGUGAAGUGUGUGCUCAUGAGGCCAGGGCCUUGGGUGUUUCGGGGGGGUGGGGGAGGCGGUGACAGCACAAGGAGGCGCCGGUGUCAAAGAGAGCACAAGGACAUUGGAGCCCCCCCCCUUGACCUGGAGUGGAGGUCGGACUUCUGACCCUUGCAGCCUGGACGCUGCUAAAAAAAAAAGUGAACCUUUGCAGCAACUCUGAACAUGUUCAUCACCGGUGUGUAUGUGUGUGUGUCUGCACAUCUCUCUGUGUCAUACGUUGCGGACUGUCGCUCUCAAACCAAAAACCAAACAGAAGGUUUUUUAAGAGGAAACAAUGGCUGGGCCCAAACCUUGCCUGCAUGAAAACAGCUUCGUGGCAAAAAAACAUUUCUAAGCUUCUGGUGUCCGAGGGUGUGUGUGUGUGUGAGUGUCUGUCUAUGUUUGUUUGUGUGUUGGAGAACAGCUACUGGACAGGAAAUCUCUAGUAACCCCCCACAUUCCAGUCUUAAAAGUCCUAUGACAUGAAGUUUGUCACAUGACAUGGAUGGGUUUUUGGGUGCUCCUUAACAUCCUCCCCCAUAGUAAGAAGAUCUUUUAUUAUCUUUCGAUUCAAUUCCCGAAAGGUUCCUUUCAAAUUCAAUUUUAAUUCCCUGCCACGAAUUGGGUUCAAGGAAGCGCUUCACCUGAGCAAAACAGCCCAGUUAUCCUUCUAUUAGUUGCCAUGGAAACUGAAACCAAAGUGCGUCUUGCAGGGAGGUUCUCCGCUGAGCGGGAAGGUGACAGGGUCAGUUGUGAUGGAAAUUUUAAAGAAGCAUCUCAUCGGGUCCCGUCGUCGUGUUUGGGGUCUGCACCAGGGAUGUGCCUUGUCACCGCGCCUGCUUUUCACUUGCGUACAUGCAGAGCUGAUGUGGGUGCUUCACUCUCAGUGGCGCAGAGGAGGAGGAGCUCUAGUUCUCCAGCGGAGGUUCAGGGAAAAGGCUGCGAUGUCGGGGAGAGAGGGACACCAUUGUGCAGCCCAGAAAUAUGGAUGCUGCUUUUUUGUCAGGCUUUUAAACUACUAAAUAAAUAAACAAAUUCCACUCUGGCUUGGGAACCUCUGAAGACACCUGUAACCAGUGGAAGCAGCUGGGGAAGUGUUAGAUUCCACAUGCUGUCCUGUUAUAAACACUUCCAGACUCAAAGUGUUGCUAUGAUGCUGCUCCGCUCUUGGUCCUUGUGUCUUAAGUGCUGGUGUGUGUGUGUGUCUGUGUGUGUGUCAUUUUAUGAUUGUACGAACAAGCACUAAGAAUAGAAGGCAACGUUCACUCCUUUCACCCACAUUCCUUCCAUACUUAGUUCAGCCUCCAUGUAGACGUGAAUUACUACCUUUUUUUGUACUCGGUAGUUUCAUCACCCCUCCACCCCUCACUCCCCCGAGCGAAUGUGUAAGAUGUACAGCAGAAGAUGAAGGAUGUUAGCGAGAGGAUGCGACAGAGUUCAUGCAUGUAAACAAACUAUACACUGUGUAUCAUCCUCAGAUAGAUUGUCAGUAUGUACGUAUGUAAAUAUGAGAACACCCCCCCCCCCUUUUUUUCAGAAGUUUAAAUCAUCAGGUUCGGAAAAAUGUUUUUGCACCCCGGAAAUUGGAAAAAAAGGACACACGCUCUACUCUUGAUCUGGGAUUGAUCUGGAACUCAGGGAUUGUGUGCGCGGGUCCACACAGUCCCGUCCCGCUCCGUGUGUGUGAGUGUGACUGGAGCCUGUCAGGCAGCGACGUGGGAGAAUAAAACCCAUGUGCAGGUGCACCAAGGUGGAUUUCGGGACUACAGACACCUUCUGAUGUGCCCUCUUUUUUUGUGGUUGCUCCUGUAUGUUCCUUUCUUCUGAAUGUGUAAACACGUGGUGUGAAAAAUUCCUCUAUUAAUGUGUAUCAAGAAAACGGAACAAGACGAGAAGAAAAGCUUUUUUAAAUUAUUAUCAUUAUUAUUAUUACUCUUAUUAUUAUUAUUGUCUAGCUUUGUAAAACUGCUGACCCAUCCGGCAUACCUCAGCAGGCACCCCCCCCCUUGGCCCUCCCUUCCCCACCCAAAAAAAAGGACAAAGAGCGACGGGGGAAAAGGAGGUUUUGGAUAAACUCUUUUUAAUUGUGGUUGAAGCAAUAGACUUUUGAACUUUGAAUCGUGCAUGGCUGUGUCUUGAGUGUAAAAAAUAUUGCAGUUUGGGAACUGGACUGAAAUAAAAAAAGAGGAAGAGCAACUAUUUCCUGACUG